CGUAAAAUUUUAUAAUAUCUCUUGAAGCCUUUAAUCUGUGGUAAUAAUGAAGUAUGCCAGUGAUUCGGCCAUUCUUGUUGAGUCAAAUUCUUUUUCUGGAAUUAAUAAACCUCCAAAGAUUUUCCAAGAAUCGCCUUUUAACGUAACACUAUUUGGAAUCGACAUUUCAUAUCUCACCCAAACAACCCAGUUCGCCUUGGUCUCGUGUGGAGUCUUUGUCUUUUUCAUCCUUUAUGGAUUCCUACUAGAAACCAUAUUUGUUCAACCGACACUCAAAUCUCAUGGACUUUAUGUAACAUUUAUACAAUUUAUUUUGUACAGCUUCUUUGCAAUGGUAGAAUCACACUUCAAAAAUGAUACAGAAAGGAGAAUACCAGUACCAACUUAUAUCAUCAUCUCAUUUUUGACCGUUGCUACAAUGACCAUGUCCAACUUGUCUUUGGAAUAUCUAAAUUAUCCAACACAGGUGAUUUUCAAAUCAUGUAAACUAGUUCCAGUUUUAUUAGGUGGAAUAGUUAUUCAAGGAAAGAAAUAUGGGGCAAAAGAUUUUCUAGCAGCCAUUAUAAUGUGCAUUGGAUUAAUUUGGUUUACACUGAUUGAUGUAACCAUUUCACCAAACUUUCAUCCAAUUGGUGUCAUUAUGAUAAACUUUGCCUUGGUUGCUGAUGCUAUUAUAGGGAAUGUGCAAGAAAAGGCUAUGAAAAAAUAUGGAGCUUCGAACAGUGAAGUUGUCCUGUACUCAUAUUCACUUGGUACCAUCUAUCUUUUCGUGGCUUUGAUAAUUAGCGGCCGCUUGAUUCCUGCCAUCACUGCGGCUAAUCAGUUUCCAGUUUCGAUAUACGGUUUAGGUUUUUUGCUUUCUUUUACUGGAUAUGUGGGAGUAAACUUGGUUCUCACCCUUGUGCGAGUUGCUGGUGCCUUUGCUGCAGUAACAGUUACAACAUUUCGGAAAGCCCUUUCCAUUGUUGUUUCGUUUAUGUUCUUUACAAAGCCUUUUACAUUUCAGUAUGUUUGGUCGGGAUUCCUUGUUAUUUUGGGAGUGUAUCUUAGCCAACGGCAAGCUCAUUUGGUCUUUGCUGAAACUCGCCUUUUCAAAAGUGCUGUCAAAUUUAUUAAACAAUUGAUGGCUACGAAGAAAUUGACUAAGGCUGCAAUCAGUGUGUAAAGAGUUUUUCACUUUAUUUAUUUUUUUGGUUAAACAUUUCUUUUUUGUGUAUUUAUUUUGUGGUGGUCUCAGUGGCAAUU